AUGGCGCCACCGGAAGAAGUUGAAGUCACCGCGGACAGAACACCCAAUGGAGUACCCCAUGACCAAACCUUCGACGAGCUCGGAGUGCUGGGGGUCGAUGGUUCCCGGAUGGCGUGCGGGGUGUACCACCCUCCGCCGCGCGGCUUUGAGCAGCCAACUGAGACCUUCGUUCGUAAAACCGGCAUGAGGGACAAAGGACCCCUGGGGUACGAGUACAACAACACGGAGUACCUGUCUGUGAGCGCGGCCGUCAAGCCUUGUACUCCUGGCCCAACCCGAGACGACCGCCUCGAGGACGCCGGGAAGGCUGCCCAGACCCGAGCGGACGAGGCUCGAAAGAUUGCCAUGAAGUCGCGCUGGGAUCGGCACGUUCUCCGGGCGAACCCGGCGAAAACAGCGAAAAGCCGGACGAGCACAAAUAGCCCAGGCUCCACUAACAAGCCGAGUGCCCUUUCGUGGAAGCAGUCCACGGGGUCGUUGACGCCGAUAAUUCGACCGCCGCGAUCGAGGAGCUUGGAGGACCAGGCCCUGCGAGAGGCGAUUGAGGCUAAAGCGCAAGCCAUGGCGGCCAGCCCUCGUGAAGGAAAGCCGGACCCAGAGACUCAGAGACGACUUAGGGGUGGGGGCAACCGACGGAAACUGAAGAGGGGUCCCGCAGCGAGCGACAAAAGGGACAUGUACCACGGGAUCGCGAUGCCCGGGAACACUUUUGAGAAACCCUUCGCCGGGGGCAACGAGGUGGACGCGCUGCCGGGGAGGCUGGAGUCACUGAUUUUCCCUCAAAGAUACGUGGACUGGCCGAAGGAGGACGCGAGUCUUCCGGCCCUGGCGCUUGACGUCCAGCGCUCCCCAAUACGCCACGCCGUCGCGUUCCGAUCGAAGCAGCCCCGUAUCGUGUGCUACGACCCGCAACGAGAAACACGGGGUUGGGACGGACCCGGCGCGUACGAAUGGGACGACAGACCCGACGACAACGACACCGACACGAAUGCUACAGCGGACAUCGACAUGGACGGCGGCGGCGGUGGCGGCAAAGCCCCCGGCGACAGCGGAGGCGACGGCGGCGGCGGCGGGAGGGGCAGGAAGAGCGCGGAGAAAGGAGGAGCUCGGCCAAGGGGCAUCGCCGUGCGAGACCCGGGCAGACCGUCCCCUGCCUUUCGAGAAGGAUCGUCCGCGUUCUUGUCCCCGACGCAGACCAACGUGCGCGGCUUCGCGCUCGCACCCUCUUCUAAACGCGUCGACGCCGCGGCGGCGGCGGCGGCCGAGGGACGGGACGUUACCGCCACCGGUGCGGAAGCUAGCGAAACCGGGAACAGAAGUGGGGCCGGGGCGGGGGGGAGUGGCGCCAGCAGGAGCGCGAGGUCAGCGGCAAAGAAAAAGGCCCACGGGGGCCACCGAAGAAAGCCUCAAACGCUAUGGAUGUUUAAGCCCCCCGGCAGGGAGCCUGAGCCAGCGGUGGCGACGUUGGGCUGGGAGGGGCCGGGGGCAUACGCUAUUGAAAUCGGGACGGGCGUGAGAGUGAAAGAACCCGGACGGAAGUCUCCGGUCUUCCGAGAGGGCUCGGGAGGGAAAAGGGGACGGGAUGUCGACCGCAGGGAAAGGGAGAAAAUGGUCAGCCCGGGGGGGGUGUCGUCUUCGGCCGGGCCAAUGCCAGAAGGAUUUGCGGUCGGUCCCGGUGAGAAUAGGAUGGAUUCUCCAGGCACUCCUGAGUCCCUCGCCAGCUGGUCCAGCCUGUAUCCGGAGUUUUCACCACCAGCACCGAAGAUGAGCAACGGGGGGGACAUGGCGGGGCCGGUGGAGAGGUACGACCUCGUGAGCUCUCGACGGCAGCCGCCGCCAGCGACCAGCAUCGGUGGUUCGAACGCAGCGGACGGAGACGACGGGGCGGGCGGAAGGACCAGGGGUGGCGUCGCGAGUGGGUCGGAAGGUGGCGCCCUCGCUCCUCUGUCGUUAGCAGCAGUCGGCACCAGACUCGUGUCGUCGCAGAAACGCACGCUUGCGCGCCGUGUUCUCCCCGCGGCCGCGGCAGCGGAGUUGGCUGCCGCCGCCACGGCCGCCGCCGGACUCGCGCGGAAUUGGGCCGGUCGCCAAGCAGAUGCGCACGCCGCAAGGGGCGGUCGUGGGCCCGGGGGGGCAGAAGCAGACCGACAGGAUGGGCUGAGGUCAGAUUCCACAGAUGUGAGAGCCAAUGGUAUGAUGACACAAGGGGUUGACGAUAUGCCCGAACCAUCGUCCACGGUGGCGGAGUUGUUCGAAGCGUUGUCGACAGAUGCCGGUCCGCCAACGCACGGCAGGCGUGUUGCGGCGAGCUCGUAUCGUCGGCAAGGGUGGCGGCAUGAGGAAUACCAGAGCAAGAAAAAACGCUCGGUUUCCUCUGUGAACGAGAUUGGCGCCGGUGAUGUCGCACAGACCGCUGGCGGCGGCCUCGCGACGAGAAAUACCUCGGCGUUCGGUGGUGGUGGUCCUGCUUCCCAUGCUCCUCGUCAAACUGCCGACGGGGUGGCGAUGACGGAAGCGGGUCUAGCGGCAGCGGAAAUGGCGGCCGCGGAAAUAGAGAAAGCGGCGACCGCGGCUGCGGCCGAAAAAAGUCUCAUCCGAACGGUGGGAAGAGCUAAAAGAGGACCGUGCAUGCUGACCCUUACCCCGUCGAGUUCGUACGAGAUUGGCCAACAGGCGGCUCGAGCUGGUACUACAUGUAGGACGGGGGAGGUACUGCAGGAACAGACUCUACGUGGCGAUUCAUUCGGCAGUUGUAGGGGACCGUUGGUUUUCUGGGAGGUGGAGCCCGCCGGCGGGCUUUUGGGCUCGGGGGAGACCAAGGUCCUCCGGUGCUGA